CCUCAUACUUUGUUGCCCUCAGGGGAGACUUAGUGCUCCACCGCUGGACCCGGCGUCCUUUGGCGCAAGGUACCCAUUGUCGAACUAUUCCAGAUAUAUCUGUGGUCCAUAAUAUAUUUAUACGUAAAUUUCUCACCGCCAUCCAUGACUCAAGGCAACUUUUCUUUUCACCAUCGACGUUCUCCUUCCGGUUCGUGUGCCUCGAAGCUGAGAACAGUCCGGCCGGCACUACAUCGGAAAGGCACAUCCUUUGUGAAUCACUCCAUCUCGAAGCUGGGUGCAGGACACACCAGGCAUAGUGAAUCAGAUAACGAUUGUCAAUCCGAGAUGGCGGCCAGUUUUCUCAAUUUUUGUGCCAUGUGCGAGAGACAGAUUACUGUACCGGACAAUUCUCGCCUUUAUUGCAGUGAAAGUUGCCGUCGCAAGGACUCCCAUAAACCACUCUCAGCUUCCUUCACAUCGAAUCACACCAUGCCAUCUUCCACCACUCCCCCAUCUUCUCCUCCUAUGUCUCCCCGAACCAUUGUACCACCUAUGACUCCCACCAAAGCUCCUAUCACAUCGACUCAGGUCACCCGGAUACUGGGUGAGUUCCACGACUCCAAGACGGAUCAGGAUCCGUCCGAAUGGAAGCCGGUAAUACCCAUGGGUACCAAUGGUUCGGCCUCGCCGGCUUCAUCGGAAGCCUGGCAGUAUCUGUCCCAAUUCCAUAGCGGUUCUGCCCCCGUCCCGAUGCGCCGUCCCAGGGUGGAACACCGCAGCUCAGCCAGUUUGUUCACGCUGUUGGGUAGUACAGGUGCUCCUCCAUCGCUGACACAUACCCCAUCUACUGCGGCGUCUUCUUUCAGCAGCAAUGCUUCUGACAGCUACCUGAACGAGCUGGCCCAUCGUCCAUUGCCUCCGCGCCGCAAAUCCUACUUCUCGGGCAGUGCUAAUGGCGCGAAGGGCGUUGAGUUAGUUGUCCCUCACAUGGGGGUUCGUGUUGGGGACUCUACUGUCGACAUGAAUAGGGGAUCCAUUUUCCCAGCAAGCAGCGGGCUUUGGGGGGACCACAAUGACAAGUGCCCCGCAACCGUCAGGAUCUCAGGUAGCGUGCCCCUCCACACGCCUGUACGCCCGCAAUAAGAAUCCCUGUGGGCUGCUGGAUUGCUGCUGUCUUCAAUGGGGCUUAAGUGACGUUAUUGUCAUUGUAAGGCGCGUGAAUCUAGGUGUUAUGGGAAUAGUUGGAUUAUAGUUAUCUUUCUUUUGGGUUAA